GUAUAGGGUUUGAGUGCAUUAAUUAUGUCAGAAAAAGUAAAGUUAUACGACCCUCAUUGCCCUAUGAGCGCUGUAUAAGAAGGUGGUAGUUGGAGCAUUAAACCCUAUACGCCUCUCAUUGCAUUAUACACUGCUCAUUGGUACUAUAAUCUCUGAAUUUAAGGUAUAUUGCUGACAAGACAGCUGAGUUCAGACUGAAAAGGCUGAAAAGGUGAUCCGCAUAUACGCGCUCAUGGCCCUAUACGCUGCGUAUUGUUUCGAAUUUUUUCCUUUUACCCCAGCUUACGGGAUUUAUGUAAUACAAAUGUUCAAAAAUCCCAAAAAAGUGAUGAAAAUGAUAAAAAUUUUCAAAUAAACGGUCUGGUUAAAUUAGAUUCGAAUCACGAUGUCAAAUUGGGACUUUGGAUAUUUUUUUGGUGAAAUUUCGAAUGAGUCAUAUGUCUUCGAUAGCGUUUGGUUACCCGGCGUUGAUCGAGGUGAGGAGGAGGUGGUUUCCGUGCGUCCGCAACACGCCGGAACUUACCAUUCGCAUCAGGAAGGGAGUGUGCGGUCCGUGGUGCCUGAAUUGAACCAGGUCGUAGAGGAGGCGGGACCAUCUUACGUGGCUCAAAGCUAUCCGCAACAGGAAAAACAUGCAUACGGUACUUACCAUUCCCAUCAGGAAAAACAACGCAAGAAAAAGUCCGAGGAAGGUGCUUUUGACAUCGAGGAAGACGAAAACGAAAUCGAGAAAGGUGUUACACACUUCGAGGAAAGUGAUCAAGACGAGGAAGAUGGUGGUGGCUGGGACGAUGGUGGUGGCUGGGACGAUGGUGGUGGCGGGGACGAUGGUGGUGAAAAGGACGAUGGUGCUAAUGACCCGAAAAAACAAGGAAAGGUAUUUGCGACACUUCACGAGUUAAAGAAUUGGGCUUACAAAACAGAAAUUGCGAAAGGUUACGUCAUUGUGACCCAACGAACGGUAACAAAGGGUGAAGAUUCGUCAGCAAGGACAGUGAAGAUAUGGUUGCAAUGCGACCGUGGAGGCACAUGCAAAAGUAAAGCAACAGUUUGGCGUUCUGGUAGCAAGAAGAUUGGGUGUCCUUUUAAAAUGAUAGGGAAACUAGACGCAAGUAGUGGCAAUUGGAGCUUAGUGGUGAAGCAAAAGGAUCAUAACCAUGAGCCUGCGGUAUUUCUCGAGGGUCACGCGUUUGCAAGAAGGUUGACCCCAGACGAAGAAUUAUUGGUAGAGAGACUUUAUAUUCAAAACAUGGAGCCUACGAACAUACAUUUAACCAUAAGAAAACAAAACCCACAGAGCGUGUGCAUUCUACGAGACAUACAAAACGUGAUAAAAAAGAUUAAAGUCAAAAUGUACGGUGAUCGGACUCCAAUGUAGAUAUUGGAGCAAAUGUUGCAUGAAGGAAGGUAUGUUUACCACACCCGGGUGAAUCCCGAAACAAAUGCGGUCGAGGAGGUUUUUUUUGUUCAUCGGUACUCGUACGAUAUGUGGCGUGCUUUCCCACAUGUGUUGAUGAUUGAUACCACUUACAAAACUAAUGAGUAUAGACUUCCGUUUGUUCAAAUUGUGGGUGUGACAUCGACACACAAGUCGUUUUGUGUCGCUCAUGCUUUUAUCUCUAAAGAAAAACAGGAUAACUUCUUGUG